AUAUAUUCUAGCCCUCCACCUCCACGGAUCAAAGGCCAUUCAUUCAAAACUUUCCGCUUUCUAUACGCCUGGCCUCAGCUUCUCCCUCAUCAAUGGCGCUUCGUAAAUUGCUCUCGAAGCGUCUUUCCGAUACUUACAGGCUAGCCUCACCGGCAGUGACACUAGAACAUUUACCUAUCUUUUCCCCUACCACGCUUCAAGCCACACUACCACCAAAUGCAACGAAAACCAACUUCCACAGAGAGUCCCUAACCUCUACGGAAUCCUCCGACAAAGGAUUUUUCAGGCGAUUCCUUCACCGGAAAGCUAUAAAUCAGUUGCCUGAGUUCCUCUCCCUGCCGGUCGGCGAGAAGCUGAGGGAGAAGCUCAAAGGCAUCAACAUUACCGGAGAAAGGCUCCGCCUGGAUGGACUCGCUCCUCCGGCCCCGCAGGAAAAGGUUUCCAAAGAUCCUAAUCGGUUUGGAAUUUCGGUUGAGGAUGCGAGGAAGCUUCUGAGACUCUCGCAGGUGGAGAAGCUAAAAGCGAAGCUCAAGGAGAUUCCAAAGACCUCGAUUUCGUACUCCGAGUUUGUUCAGGUGUGUGUGGAGGGGUGCGGGAGUGAACAUCAAGGAAUUGAGUUUGCUAAGACGUUGGACCAGUCCGGAAACGUCAUCGUUUUAGGGAAUAUUGUGUUCCUCCGGCCGGAGCAGGUGGCCAAGUCAAUGGAGAAUAUAAUCUCAGAGUCCAUAGCUACUCCUAAUGACCCAAGAAGAAAACAACUGGAGCACAUGGAGCAGCAAAAGGCGGCAAUCGACCAAAAGGCCCGAGCCCAAGUUCGGGGUGAGCUUUAUUGUGGACUAGGCUUCUUAGUGGUCCAAACACUUGCGUUCAUGAGACUUACUUUCUGGGAACUCACCUGGGAUGUGAUGGAGCCCAUAUGCUUCUUUGUCACUUCACUUCAUUUUGCCCUUGCCUAUGCAUUCUUUCUUAGGACAUCCGUUGAACCAUCUUUUGAAGGCUACUUCCAGCGCCGGUUCAAAGCCAAGCAGAAGAAACUCAUGGAAAUCCACAGCUUUGAUAUGCAAAAAUAUACCGAGCUUCGAAAAGCUUUUUAUCCAAAUUUAGGCUAUGGGUUUCCUCACUCGGAACAUUACAAGCCAUUGAACAGCGAUGAGGGAGCAUUUCUUUGAUCCAAGCAGCAUUAAAAUGAGCGAGUAAUUUUCAAGCAAUAAAUAGCACAAAAGGAGCAAAAAAUUUUGAACAAUUGGUGAUAAACCUAUUCAUUCGGUUUGGUGUAGGUCUAUCUAGUUGAGAGAGCAUAAAAGUUUGGACUCCAUAGUCUAUAUACAGAAAAGGAGGAAUAGGGUCUAACAGUGACCCAUGUAUAUAUUUUGGACAGUAUUGUGGCUUGGUUCUCAGUAGUUUUGGACUGGCUCUCGGCCUAAGCCCCCCAAAAUCAGUUGUAUUAUGGUUCCAGUGUCCACUAUGGGAUUACAUUCCUCUGCUAUAGACCCCGUAAAUUGUGAAGUGGUCUUAAUUUUCUCCCCUGUAAAGCAUAAAUGUCCGAAUACAAGUACCUUAAUUUUGUCUAA